AUGUCGUUCAAUCCGGAUGCUUAUGGGUUUAUGGUUGCUUUUGCUGGGCGAAAUUAUGUUACAAGGUCUCUUCCUACUUUUGUUGCUAAUGGUACCUACACUGUUACCACCUUUACCCUUGUGCUUGAGUUCAACAAGGGCAGGCUGCAGAACUUGUACUGGAAAAAGGAUAGGUGCUCUAAAUGUUCAGGGAGCUCUGACUUUGUUUGCCUCAACAAUCAGAACUGCGCCUUCAAGACCUCGAGCUGCAAAAACCAUGGCGGCUCUGUGGACUGCAGCAUCAUAAUCCAGUUGGCAUUUUUCGGCACAAACAAGCACCUUUCGGUUCUUAACUCAUGGAGAUCGAUGUCUUCACAUUCGUGUAUAUACAAGUGGGUGGUGUCAAAAAGGCUGCCCAAGCAGUUGUCACUUUAG